UGAUGAGCGAGGCAUAGAUAGAAAGCUUUCGUUUCAACUCAGCGCCUCAAACGUACACAAUAUAUUUUCUGAGUCUGACAGGAUUCUUGACAUCGGUGUUACGAUGCGGAUUGUGUAUCUCAUUGUGUACUUGUCUGCUAACAUUUUUGCUGAAUUGACUUCGACAAACAGCGAAGGUUACACCACGCAGCACUUGAGCCAGCAUGAAGUUUCAAACAUGAAUCAAGAAUACCCGUCGCAACAUGUGUAUCAUCACCCUGCAUUGAGGUCAUCUCUCCGGGAUGAAGAACAAGCACAAGUUAGAAAACGACGCAGUUCCGAAAUACUCAAACGACAGGAUGUGAACGGCAACUCGGUUCUCAGCUGUCCCGAAGGCUUUUAUUACGAUGUAGCUGAGCAGAAGUGCAUAGACGAAAACGAAGAGGUUUUCUCAAAAGGCUCCUCGACGCAAAGUUCAAGUCAGUCAACACCUGCAUCAAAACGUUCAUCUGAACAAUCUGCAAUACCUUCUGAAACUUCUUCAACUGAAGAGCAAUGGACUACCACUUACGCGAAGACUUAUGCAGUCACCAAAAGCAGAAACAUGGCUCAACAGGAACUCAAUUCUUCCAUCACAAAUUCAAAGCCAGCUACUCUUGAACUUACGUUAUCCAAAAACACUUCAACUACCCCAUUGAUGCAAUACGAAACACCAAAAGGCGAAGCUUUAACGCAUGUAACCAUGAAGCAAAAUUUAAAAAUUACCACGGUUGCUGAUACAGCACAAAACAGCAUUGGUAUCGCCUUGGUAAGCAAAGAGCCCGACUUUACAACUAUGCCAUCAACAGAAGAAAAUGUGUCAGAAAAACAAUGGAAUCUUUAUUCACCAUUAAACAACCUAAGAAGUACUGUAAAGGAGGUAUGGAACACACAUAAAUCUAGCGCCCAAGCUGCGUCAACAGAAAAAAGACAGGUCACAGAGGAAGGCAAGGAAGCUAAGAAAAUGACUUCUGCGCAUUCAGAAACCUCAUCUUCAUAUGACUUUUCAACAAGUCCUCAGGAACGUGGUACUGAGGGCGUAACACUGCAGGUCACAGAAAACACAAAGGAAGAAGGAGGGGGCCUAUCUACGAAAAAAGAUGUCCACCCGAAAAACGCAGAUAUUUCAGAGGCAGUCACACAAGGUAAACCAACCGUUACUGAAAAAGUAGAAAGUAGGUAUGAAUUAACAACUUCGUUUACCUCAAUACCUGCUUCAGAAAUUGCACACACACAUCGACCUUCGCAUGCAUCAACCUUAUCGAGUGAUUUGCCUCCAACUGUAGAAAAAUCCACCACCAGAUAUCAAAAUGACGAACUCGCUACACAAGAUAAAAAAAUUUCAACUGAAGUAUCAGCAUCAGGUGAACGUAUCGCCUUACCCCAACCAUUGACUACUGUCACAGAAAAAACAAACCUUGCAACACUAAAGCAAAUUUUCAGCACUUUGUCCGCAGCUGAAACGGCUGGUGUGGAAGGUUCUUCGGGAAGAAAGAGAUUGGCACUAGAACGCACAACACACUCGUUAGAAGCAAGUGUUUCAAUCUCUUCGGGAGAAAAAAUUGCGAUAACUCCGUUCACAUCAAUUGCACCAAGUAAGUCUCGUAAAACAACACUAAAUCCAAACCUAGUUAUAUCAACGACUAAUGAUUCAACAUAUACAACUCAUAAAUUGAAAACCGCUGUUGAACAGUCUUCUACUAAACCAUCAGUUUUGGUUACAACUAAUUACUUUGGUUCAUCAAAAAACCUUUCUUUAAAACGUCACGCCACAACUGAAUCACGUCCACUGAAUAUAACUACAGAAGGUAUCCCACAAGAACUAGCAAAGGGUUUUGACCUGACGACUAAUAUUUUUGUAACAACACCGAGUGACAUCAGUUCUACUAUAAACACAGCUCAAUCGCCUUCAGCUAAUCAUCACAUAAAGACGCACACUACUGUGUAUUCACCCAGUGAAACGCUCUGUGGAUCAAGUUUCUGCGGAUCAACAGAUUCAAACACGCAAGUUCACAAAUCCAGGAGCACCUUGAAUGACCGAAUCGGAAAUCUCGAGAGAUCAAGUCCUAAGCCAGCCAAAAGCCAGUCAACAGCAACCUCCUCGAAAUUAACAAACACAAAUCAUCCAGGAGUUGAGGUGACAGAAGAAAACUUCCCUGUUGAUGGAGCAACUGAAAAAAGCGAGAACCCUAUCCCGCAUGAGAAGGGAGUAUCUCCUCUGACCGUUUUCUUGGGAGCCUUGAUGUCGUCCAUAUUCCUUGUUUCUCUAAUCGCCGCUACAAGUACCAUAUUAAGGUCAAGGAAGAAGAAACAAACUUCCCGGUCCUCGUACGACUAGGUAAUAAACCUUCUCCAUGAAUGUCACAAGA